UUUAUGCAAAUAUUUCUUCCUUUUUUCAACUUGUAAUAUUUUAAUCAUUUUAUCUCUCUCUAAAAAUCUCAAACUUUUUCUAUACAGAAAACGAAGAGAGAGGAAUUAAGACACAUCCUUUUUAUUUUCUUCUUUUUAUUUUCACUCCUUUUUUGAAAUUCUGUAUCGUAUGGAUCUCUUCCAUUGGUUUGACAGAUCUGAGUGCAUUUAAACCGAUAGCUGAAUUCUGGGUGUAAAAACAAAAAGGAAUCAAAGAUGUCCUCUCUUAGUAGGGAACUUGUUUUUUUGAUUUUACAGUUUUUAGAUGAAGAAAAGUUCAAAGAAACUGUACACAAGCUUGAACAAGAAUCAGGGUUUUACUUUAAUAUGAAGUAUUUUGAGGAUGAAGUACAUAAUGGUAACUGGGAUGAGGUUGAGAAGUAUCUAUCCGGUUUUACCAAAGUUGAUGAUAAUAGGUAUUCCAUGAAGAUAUUCUUUGAAAUUAGAAAACAAAAGUAUUUAGAGGCAUUGGACAAGAACGAUCGGUCGAAAGCAGUGGAUAUACUUGUGAAGGAUCUUAAAGUUUUCUCUUCUUUCAAUGAAGAGUUGUUUAAGGAAAUUACUCAGUUGUUAACAUUGGAGAAUUUCAGGGAGAAUGAGCAGCUAUCGAAGUAUGGUGAUACAAAAUCUGCAAGGGCAAUCAUGUUUGUUGAGCUCAAGAAGCUUAUUGAAGCGAAUCCAUUGUUUCGUGACAAAUUGCAGUUCCCAAACCUUAAGAAUUCAAGGUUGCGGACAUUGAUUAAUCAAAGCUUAAAUUGGCAGCAUCAACUCUGUAAGAACCCUAGGCCAAAUCCUGAUAUUAAGACCCUGUUUGUGGAUCACUCGUGUGGGCAACCAAAUGGUGCUCGUGCUCCAUCACCUGCAAAUAAUCCUCUCUUAGGAGCAUUGCCUAAAUCAGGAGGCUUUCCACCUUUGGGUGCACAUGGGCCGUUUCAACCGACACCUUCGCCUGUACCAGCUCCUCUUGCUGGAUGGAUGUCCAAUCCUGCUGUUGUGCCUCAUCCUGCCGUAUCUGGGGGUCCUAUUGGGCUUGGUGCUCCGUCUAUUCCUGCUGCCCUAAAGCAUCCAAGGACUCCAACAAAUUCUUCCAUGGAUUAUCCAUCUGGAGAUUCCGAUCAUGUUGCCAAAAGAACAAGACCUUUAGGAAUCGCGGAUGAGGUUAAUCUUCCGGUGAAUGUACUGCCAGUGUCUUUCCCAGGCCAUGGUCAUAGUCAGGCAUUCAAUGCUCCUGAUGAUUUACCCAAAACAGCGGCUAGAACUUUGAACCAAGGGUCAUCUCCGACGAGCAUGGAUUUUCAUCCUUCUCAGUUGACAUUAUUGCUGGUUGGUACAAAUGUUGGAGACAUAGCAUUAUGGGAAGUUGGCUCCCGUGAAAGGCUGGUUUUGAGAAACUUUAAAGUUUGGGAUCUCAGUACGUGUUCAAUGCCUCUUCAGGCAGCUCUAGUGAAAGAUCCUGCAGUGUCUGUUAACCGGGUUAUUUGGAGUCCUGAUGGAAACUUAUUUGGGGUUGCUUACUCAAGGCAUAUUGUGCAAAUAUAUUCAUAUAACGGCGGUGAAGCUGUACGACAACAUUUAGAGGUUGAUGCGCACGUUGGAGGAGUGAAUGAUAUUGCCUUUUCUACUCCCAACAAGCAACUUUGUGUUAUCACGUGUGGGGAUGACAAGACAAUCAAGGUGUGGGAUGCUGCUUCGGGUGCCAAGCAGUACACGUUUGAGGGCCAUGAGGCCCCUGUAUAUUCAGUGUGCCCACAUUACAAAGAAAACAUACAGUUCAUAUUUUCAACUGCUGUUGAUGGGAAAAUAAAAGCUUGGUUAUAUGACAAUCUGGGCUCUAGAGUGGAUUAUGAUGCCCCAGGUCGCUGGUGUACGACCAUGGCUUACAGUCAAGACGGGAGCAGGCUUUUUUCAUGUGGUACAAGUAAAGAUGGUGAGUCGCAUAUAGUUGAAUGGAAUGAAAGCGAAGGUGCUGUGAAGCGAACCUAUCAAGGUUUUCGAAAAAGGUCUCUGGGUGUCAUUCAGUUUGACACAACUAAGAAUCGUUAUUUGGCUGCUGGAGAUGAUUUUUCCAUUAAAUUCUGGGAUAUGGACAAUGUGCAGCUAAUGACUACUAUUGAAGCUGAUGGAGGGCUCCCAGCCAGUCCACGUAUCCGUUUCAACAAAGAUGGUACACUUCUGGCAGUCUCUGCUAGUGAGAAUGGAAUAAAAAUUUUGGCAAAUUCUGAAGGUCUUCGGCUAUUACGGACAUGUGAAAAUCUUUCUUAUGAUUCUUCUCGAGCAUCUGAAUCUUUGACGAAGCCUUCAAUAAAUCCCAUUUCUGCAGCAGCAGCAGCAGCAGCUUCUGCUGCUACUAGCUCUGGACUCCCUGACAGAAGCGGCCCUAUGGUAUCCAUGGCUGGCAUGAUGAAUGGAGAUACUCGAAGUAUGGGAGAUGUGAAAUCACGAAUUCUUGAAGAAACCAACGACAAAUCUAAAAUUUGGAAGCUUUGCGAAAUAAGUGAACCGUCUCAGUGUCGGUCAUUGAGGCUCCCGGAACACAUGAGAGCGGCUAAGAUAUCAAGACUGAUCUAUACAAACUCAGGUAAUGCUAUCUUGGCAUUAGCUUCAAAUGCAAUUCACUUGCUUUGGAAAUGGCAGAGAAAUGAACGCAACUCUGGUGGGAAGGCAUCAUCUACUGUUCCACCUCAGCUUUGGCAACCCUCUAGUGGCAUUUUGAUGACAAAUGAUGUAACUGAUGCAAAUCCGGAUGAGACUGUUCCUUGCUUUGCCUUGUCCAAAAACGAUUCAUACGUCAUGUCCGCAUCAGGAGGAAAGAUUUCCCUUUUUAAUAUGAUGACAUUUAAGACAAUGACGGUCUUUAUGCCUCCACCACCGGCAGCAACAUUUCUUGCUUUUCACCCUCAAGAUAACAAUAUAAUAGCAAUUGGCAUGGAUGAUUCAACUAUCCAGAUAUAUAACGUUCGAGUAGACGAGGUUAAAAGCAAAUUAAAAGGUCACUUGAAAAGAAUAACUGGUUUGGCGUUCUCACAUUUGUUAAAUGUGCUGGUUUCAUCAGGUGCAGAUGCUCAAAUAUGUUUGUGGAGCUCAGAUAACUGGGAAAAGCAACGAUCUAAAUCUUUGCAACUUCCUUCGGGCAGAGAGCCAACUGCCCAAUCGGAUACCCGUGUCCAGUUUCAUCAAGAUCAGAUGCAUUUCCUGGUUGUACACGAAACACAACUGGCAAUUUUUGAAACAAAACAAUUAGAAUGUGUCAAGCAGUGGGUUCCUCGUGAGUCUUCUGCUCCUAUAUCCCAUGCUGCGUUUUCUUGUGAUAGUCAACUAGUGUAUGCCAGCUUCUUGGACGCAACCGUUUGUGUGUUCAGUGCGUCAAACCUCAGACUCAGAUGUCGGAUAAAUCCUUCCGCAUAUCUUCCAGCCAAUGUCAGUAGUUCUAAUGUCCAUCCGCUUGUCAUUGCUGCACACCCACAAGAAGCAAACCAAUUUGCGGUGGGACUUUCAGACGGUGGUGUUCAUGUAUUUGAGCCACUCGAAUCUGAAGGAAAAUGGGGUAUACCCCCUCCCAUGGAAAACGGAUCUGGAGGAAGUGUGCCAACCACGCCUUCCGUAGGACCUUCAGGCUCAGAUCAACAACAAAGAUGAUACAAUGACUUAUUUUCUUGUGCUCUUUUUGCUGGCAUGUUUUCCAUUUAGGUAUGAUCAGUUUUUCUCGUUGUCGUGUUUGUCAAUCAGCUUGACACAAUUAUUAUUCUCUGAGCUGAGAACGUGACUCGAUUCUCAAAUGAUCCAACCUUUUCCUCAAUUUCACCUGCAUGCAGGUGUAGGUUCAGCCUCAGGCUAUAUAUUUUCACCUGUAUAUGUAUCUACUCAAGUUCGUUUAGAGUUUUAACAAGUUUAAGUCGUAGCAACUCAAAAGUAUAUACAGGAGUAUCAAUUCUCAAGUGUUCUCUUGUGUUGUCGAAAUCUUUUCUAGAAUCUAAUCUUAUAAUCUCCUUUGUGAGACGUGUUUCAGUUUGUACCAUAAUAUUGGUCUAUAUUUUGCGGAACACUGUAUUUUCUUGGUUUAUAGUUGACGUGCAAAGGUGCAAUCGAUA